AUGGACAACGAAACUACCGCAACGCUGCUUGAUGAGGGGAAAGACUGGACUUAUGAGCUGAUUGCUCACUGGCCUGAUAUCCUCCAUGGCUUGUUGAUAAUCGGUGUUGUCUCACAACUAUGGAAGGCUUUCUAUCGACUUUACCUCCAUCCGCUUGCCUCGAUCCCUGGCCCCAGAUUAGCCUCAAUCAGCUCUUUUGUCAUCCGCGUAGCGCCAAAUCGAGUUCAUGUGAAUGAUGUUGAGUUUUUUGAGACUGUUUUUCGUACAGGCGCCCCUUAUUAUAAGGAGCCUGAAUUCUAUUCAUCAUUGGGUGCUGAUGGAGCACUGGCUUCUCUGACAAAUCCGGCUGAGCACCGGAAGCAUCGUGUGUAUCUGAGCUCACUCUUCUCAGCCCAAACAACGGUUGCCCUUAAGCCUAGACUGCUGGAGACUCUGAAGAAAGCAGCGGGAUAUCUCCGGAAAGCUGGAACUGGAACCAAAACAGUCGACAUCCAGAAUAUCUACAGUGAAUUGAUUGGCGAUGUUGUUUGCGAGCUGAUGUUUGCGGAUAGCUAUAAUUUCAUCGAUUCAGGAGAUCAAGGCCACCCUCUGAUAAAUGAAGUUGACAAUCUGGGCUCUAUCACCUGGCUGAUGAUGGAAUUCCCCGGAAUCAAAACAAUUAUCAAAACUUUGCCGACUUCGUUUGCUGAGAAACUGAGUCCCCAAAUCACUCAGUUCAAGAAGUUUUGUGACGAGAAGCUAGAGGAGGCACAACAUCGAAAGUUAUCUGGCACAGCUCCAGCCAGGAAAUCAUACUUCGACCUGUACCUCGAAAUUGACAGCCGCAAAGCCACUCUCCCCAAUGUGGCAGAGGUGUUCGAUGGUGCUUUCAACUUCAUGACUGCGGGUAUUCACACGACUGCAUACACUCUAUCAUGGGCCACCUUCAAUAUCCUCAACUCGCCAUUUGUUUUGGCCAAGCUUCAAGCGGAACUUGAUGAAGUCAAGGUCGCAAUUCGCGAUGAGUUCGAUCCGAAGAUUAUUCAAAGUCUGCCAUAUCUAGGAGGGGUUAUCCGGGAGACUAUGAGGAUGGCUGACCCAGUUCCCGGCUUCCUGCCCCGUGUGGUGCCAAAAGAGGGUGUUCAUGUCGGGUCUUCUUUUUUGCCUGGGGGUACUAGCGUUUCAGUUAGUCAUCCAGUCGUUCACAUGGACCCAACAAUCUUCCCAGAGCCACAUACAUUCAAUCCCGACCGUUGGGUGGAGGGAGGAGAGGAACUCGAGAAAUACAGUGUCCCCUUCGGAAAAGGGUCGCGUCGUUGUAUUGGCAUCAGUAUCGCUUACAUGGAGCUUUAUGCCGUGCUCGCUUAUAUGUUCAGUCACUUUUCCCUUGAGCUAGCAGACAAAGAGCACUCUCAAGGUGGGAUUCAGUGGGCUGACCGUAUUGUUGCCCGCGCUACAUCUAACCUGAAGAUCAAGGUGAUUGAAGACCGCUGGGCAUAG